CGAGACGCUAAACCGCGGUAUCAGACGGCGUCGAGCGUCGACGUGUCUCGCUUUAUGUCGGCAUGUGGGGGAAAUGUAGGCCUGCGGGGCGCCCAUGUACACGGACCGCCCUCGAAUGAGUUCGCCUCGGGAAACCCUGAUACUACUUUCGUGUCCGCGUUAGCGGGAAUGGCGCCGUUUCGCGAAUGAAUCCGUGUGUCGUCACUGGUUGUGUGUCUGUAGACGCUCCGUCCGCCACAGGCCUGUGUCAGUGGGAAUGGUAGCGUACGGGGGGGGGGCACGUAUUAUGGAAGUUCCAAAGCUAACACCAACACAAGGCACAAUGUCCCUGGCUUGUAACCGGAUGAUAUACAUACAAAACCUUCAAAGUCGUCGUACUUACGCCCGAGUUAUAUUUCUAAAAAAAAAAGAAAAGAAAAUGGCCACAACCAGGUCAGCGAUCUAAGUUGAAGUUCCCUGACACCUGAUAUUUUCAAGGUUGCUGACUGCAGGACCUCCGGCCCACAUGCCCAAGCCAGUUAAAGGAGCGACUCUGACAUAUAUCUGACAGCCUGCUAGACAGGUGGAAUCUAGAAGAAGCAGAGCUGCAGGUCCAGAAAGUCACGUUAUCCUGAACCUGCACCUGGUGAUGUAUGAAGGGCUGUAAAUAACAGGUGGCUAGGCUGGUGUAAGGCUUCCGUCCUCCGUCCCCGCCUCUACAUGCAUCAGCCUCACAGAUAGAGCAGAGCGACCAGGCUGCAAGGAGAAUGCUGUCCGGGGUGACUCUCCUCAUGGAAAACAUUUAAUCAGUGCUGCCCAGCUAGUGCUGCGUCUUGUUUCAUAUCUCCAUUGCCCCAGUGAAAACAACUAGCGCAUAACUUUGACUUUUUUCACUGAGAGCAGGCCAGCAACGGCUGGUGAUAAGAGCACUCCAAUCAUCUCGAUUUGUUAUAAUCUAGUUGCCAGAGGACCCCAAUACCAGACUCCAUUGAAGAAAAGAGUCUGAGGAAAUAAUUAUUGCUUUUCCUCGUCAUACUUUCUGUUGGAUCAAGUGCAGUCAUGGGGUCCACAGGCUACGGCUACUAUCGUGUAGUCAUCUUCUUCUGCAUGUUCAUCGGCUACUCGCUGUACUUCUUUAACAGGAAGACCUUCUCCUUCGUCAUGCCCUCUGUGAUGGAGGAGAUUGACCUGGACAAAGAUGACUUGGGUCUGAUCACUAGCAGCCAGACCAUGGCCUAUGCCAUCAGUAAGUUUAUAAGCGGUGUGCUGUCGGAUCAAAUCAGCGCCCGCUGGCUUUUCUCCCUCGGCCUCUUCUUCGUGGGGGGCAUCAACAUAGUCUUCUCCUGGUCCUCCACUGUAUCCAUGUUCUCACUGCUCUGGUUCAUCAACGGCCUGGGACAGGGCUGUGGCUGGCCCCCAUGUGGGAAAGUGCUGCGCAAGUGGUAUGAGCCCUCCCAGUUUGGAACAUGGUGGUCUGUGCUGUCCUGCAGUAUGAACCUAGCUGGGAGUCUGGGUCCAAUCCUGGUCACAGUGCUCCUGCAUUACUAUGACUGGAGGACUAUCCUCACCAUGUCAGGCAUUUUCUGUGCUGCCUUCUCAUUUGUUUGUCUGGUGUUUGUAAAGAACGAGCCAAAGGAUGUGGGCCUGCCCAGCAUCGAGGCAGUGGCCAAGAAGGGGGCGAAGGGAGGCAACAGUGAGAGCACCCUGCGUGAAUUCCUCCUUUCUCCUUACCUGUGGGUGCUCUCUCUGGGCUACUUGGUGGUGUUCGGGGUGAAGACGGCUGCCACUGACUGGGGACAGCUGUUCCUCAUGCAAGAAAAAGGCCAGACCGCUCUUAUGGGUAGCACCUACAUGAGUGCCUUGGAGGUUGGAGGUUUUGUGGGCAGCCUUGCAGCAGGCUUAAUCUCAGACAGAGCAGUAGCUCGGCAAGGCUUGGGCACCCACGGCAACCCUCGUCAUGGCCUGCUCAUUCUCAUGAUGGCUGGUAUGUAUGUGUCCAUGUACCUCUUCAGAGUCACCAUCACACCGGAAAUCCCAAAGGAGGCUCCUCUUUGGGUCCAAGUCAUUCAUCCUGUGUCUGUCCUCAUUGGUGUGUCAGAAAAAGAGAUCUGGAUCCUCUUCCUCGGUGUUAUGUUCGGGUUUUCUUCUUACGGACCGAUUGCCUUGUUUGGUGUAAUAGCCAGUGAAAGUGCUCCUUCCAAUUACUGUGGAACCUCUCAUGCUGUUGUAGCCCUAAUGGCUAAUGUGGGAGCUUUUAUGGCCGGGCUUCCCUUCAGCACUAUUGCCAAACAACACAACUGGGACAUUGCUUUCUGGGUAGCCGAGGUGAUAAUGGGCAUUGCAACCAUCGGGUUCUUCCUUGUACGCAACAUGCGCACAAAAAUGGGACGAAUCGCAGAGAAAAUUGACUAAUGUACCUACCUGAAAUGAGCCAACUGUCAUUUUCCUUUUGUAUGACUACACAGACUGUGUUAUUGCACUGUUGAUUGCUCUGUAUACAGAAUACUGCACAUUAAUACCACUCCACUUGAUCCUAGUAGCAGUUUUCAUGUAGUGAUAUUGAAAAGUUGCUUUAUGACAGCUCUGUGCUAAAGAAAACAUACAGUAGACAUGAAGGUCUGUUAAGGUUUGGGGUGGAUUUUGUCAAACUAAAGUGAAUGUGUGCUGCUCACCGCAUACAUUGCUUUCAGUGGAGGUCAGUCAUAUUUAACUUAUUGAAUGUUUACUGAUGGUUCUGUAUUAUAGACUAUUCUUUGUCUAGGUAUUUGAACAAAUGUUGUAGCAUGUAUCAUGGUCAUGGAUCAUGAAUACCUCAAGUGUUUGCAAAAAUGUAAUAGGUUCAUUAUUUAAUUGAAAUGAAGUAACUGGAAAACCUGUUAUUUUUAUACACAGUCCGGUGCUAAAUGGUACAGAAUAGCACUUUGAUGCAGUUAGACCAUGUCAGCUUUUGUGAUCUGACGUAUUUUUAAGGAUCUAUAUACAGUACAUCAAACCUUUUGCUAACAGGUGUUUCGGCAAUGCCAGUACAGCUGUGUACAGUAGUUACAACACUGGAAUAUGUACUGUUAACUUACUCAUCUCUAAAAUCUGUGUGUCGUGUCAACUUGAAUAAUAAUGGGUCUACACUCAGUACCACUUUGGCAAAUAUAUAUCUUACUGGAAUUGUUCAAUGGACUUGAAAAGGUGAAGGAAAUCGAAUAAAUGAGAGGUUCACUUUGUUGAUUGAACUGUCAGUAGUUCAACUUAGUCUGAAGUUGAACUUCCGAACAUGCCAACAAUUUAAGUUUCCACUAAAGAUAUAAAACCAUC